AUGAGGAUCUUGUUGGGGGGAUCUCGUUGGGGGGUCAGACCUGAGUUAGAAGGUUCCUCUCAGACCGUGGAUGAGGAUCUCGUUGGGGGGGUCAGACCUGAGUUAGAAGGUUCCUCUCAGACCGUGGAUGAGGAUCUCGUUGGGGGGGUCAGACCUGAGUUAGAAGGUUCCUCUCAGACCGUGGAUGAGGAUCUCGUUGGGGGGGUCAGACCUGAGUUAGAAGGUUCCUCUCAGACCGUGGAUGAGGAUCUCGUUGGGGGGGUCAGACCUGAGUUAGAAGGUUCCUCUCAGACCGUGGAUGAGGAUCUCGUUGGGGGGGUCAGACCUGAGUUAGAAGGUUCCUCUCAGACCGUGGAUGAGGAUCUCGUUGGGGGGGUCAGACCUGAGUUAGAAGGUUCCUCUCAGACCGUGGAUGAGGAUCUCGUUGGGGGGGUCAGACCUGAGUUAGAAGGUUCCUCUCAGACCGUGGAUGAGGAUCUCGUUGGGGGGGUCAGACCUGAGUUAGAAGGUUCCUCUCAGACCGUGGAUGAGGAUCUCGUUGGGGGGGUCAGACCUGAGUUACAAGGUUCCUCUCAGACCGUGGAUGAGGAUCUCGUUGGGGGGGUCAGACCUGAGUUAGAAGGUUCCUCUCAGACCGUGGAUGAGGAUCUCGUUGGGGGGGUCAGACCUGAGUUAGAAGGUUCCUCUCAGACCGUGGAUGAGGAUCUCGUUGGGGGGGUCAGACCUGAGUUAGAAGGUUCCUCUCAGACCGUGGAUGAGGAUCUCGUUGGGGGGGUCAGACCUGAGUUAGAAGGUUCCUCUCAGACCGUGGAUGAGGAUCUCGUUGGGGGGGUCAGACCUGAGUUAGAAGGUUCCUCUCAGACCGUGGAUGAGGAUCUUGUUGGGGGGGUCAGACCUGAGUUAGAAGGUUCCUCUCAGACCGUGGAUGAGGAUCUCGUUGGGGGGGUCAGGCCUGAGUUAGAAGGUUCCUCUCAGACCGUGGAUGAGGAUCUCGUUGGGGGGGUCAGACCUGAGUUAGAAGGUUCCUCUCAGACCGUGGAUGAGGAUCUUGUUGGGGGGUCAGACCUGAGUUACAAGGUUCCUCUCAGACCGUGGAUGAGGAUCUCGUUGGGGGGGUCAGACCUGAGUUACAAGGUUCCUCUGAGCUCAGUGAAACGUGGUGUAAAGGAGGCGAAGUCGUGCCUCAGUGACCCCACCCUGGUGUUUUAGAGACAAUAAUAAUAACUACAACUAUAUUAUGAAUAUAUAUAAAUAUAUAUAUAUAUAAUUUUUAGUACUUUGAGUUGAAAUACUUUUUAGUAUUUUGCAAAUACAUGUCUCUGUAUAUAAAACAAAAAGCCUCCUGUAAUAAACGAGAA